GCUGUGUGCUCCCUUUACGCCUCGAGCCGCCUCUUCGACACGCCUAGGCGCGCCCGCACCGGCUCGGCAUGGCCUCCGCAUCCUGUCUGCCCACCCCGACAGCCUCGACCUCCCAGCAGUACACUCUGUCCGCCGCGAGCCAGCUCCCGGCAGCCUCGACCGCGGCAUCCACCUCGUUCGUCCGCCGCAACGGUUCGCAACUCGCUCUUGACGGCGCCGAGUUCAACGUCGUGGGUCCCAACGUCUACUGGCUUGGCCUCGACGAGAAUGUCGACCCCUCGCCGUCGUACCCGUCCAAGGGCAGGGUCCUCGAGGCCAUGGCGGUAGCGUCGGCUAUGGGCGCCACCACCAUCCGCUCAACCUCGCUUGGUGUCUCGUUCGGCACGGGCCUGUCCAUCGAGAACGCGCUCGGCCAGUUCAAGCCCGAGGGCGACCCGGCAUGGGACGCGAUCGACUUUGCGCUUCUCGCGGCGAGGUCGUACGGCCUGCGGCUCGUCAUUCCGCUCACCGACCAGUACGACUACUACCAUGGCGGUAUCCCGACCUUUCUGCGCUGGCGCAACCUCUCGUCGACCGACUUUUCGCCCUUCUACGACCUCAACUCGCCGACCUGCGGCGACUUUGCGCUCUAUGUCCGCACUCUGCUCAACCACACGUCGCCCUACACCAACCUCACCAUGGCGACCGACCCGACCGUGCUCGCGUUCGAGACCGGCAACGAGCUCGGUGGCUGGACGGGCGACGACUAUCCGCCGCCGGCCGAGUGGACGACGGCCGUCGCGCAGCUGCUGCACGAGCUCGCGCCCGACACGCUCGUCCUCAGCGGGUCGUACGGCGUGCGCAAGGACGAGCUCGAGAUUGCAGGCGUCGACAUGGUGUCCGACCACUUCUACCCGCCCUCGCUCUACCGCCUCUCGUCCUCGGCCUCGCUCGCCGCCUCGGCGCAAAAGCCCUUCCUUAUCGGCGAGUACGACUGGACCAACCGGUACUACGUCGGCUGGCGCUGGGCGUGGUUCCUCCUCGUCCUGCCCGCCGUCCUGAGCGCCCUCCUGUACCUCACGCCGAGGCGAUGGUGGCCCUUGCGCACGACGCUGCGAGGCGUCGUGACGUGCGGGUGCUGCUGCGCGAGGCGGCGGCAGAGGAGGAAGCGGGCGAGGGCGGCGGUCGAGGACGAGGCAGGGAGGGACGAGGCGGUGCGGCUCUCGAUGGCGUCGAGGGGCCCAUCGACGCCGCCGCCGUCGUACGACCAUCCGCUCGACCACGAUGCACUGUCGACCGACAAGUCGCUGUUCGCCUCGACGUCGUCCGCCGACUUGCCCAUCCUGCCCGCCUCGACCUCCUCCCCCAGCACGACCUUCCCGCCCUCGCGCCGGCCGCCAACUCGAUCGUCCUCCUCUCUCCUCGACCGCCCAUUCCCUAUCUACCGGUGGCACGUUGCCCUCGCCCUGUUCGUCAUCCUCGUCCCGCUCCUCGCCCCGCUCCUCCACCUCUUCGUCCCGACCCAGAUCUCGGCCUUCCUCUCGCGCUCGGCGGCGCUCGCCGCGCGCGACCCGCCGCACGCCGUCGGCGACCUGUACUGGUCCCUGUUCGGCCGCGACGACGCGUGCUGCGCGUACGUGCCGCACGGCGACGGGUACACGCUGCACUACCCUUCGGCGCCGGGUCCGAGCGGCGGCGCGGCGGGCAUGGGCAGCGGCGACGCGGUGGCGCAGCUCGCGAGGCACGCGUGGGAGGUCAGGGGCGAGAGGCCGUACUGGCUCGAGGAGGGGAGGAGCAUCGGCGACGUGCGAGGGUGGAGGGACCUGCCCGUCGUCGCGUGCCCGCAGGAGGGGCUGCGGCUCGCGAAUGGGACGGUCGUGGGAGGGAGCACGAGUUCGUAG